AUGGCCCUCCGCAGCCCGCAGUAUAUUUUUGGAGAUUUUAGCCCUGAUGAAUUCAAUCAGUUCUUUGUGACUCCUCGCGCUUCAGUUGAGCUUCCUCCAUACGGCGGGACAGUUCUGUGUGGCGCACAGGCUGCUGGUGACCUCCCCGACGGGCACGAUUAUCAGAGAAUUGAAUUUGGUGUUAAUGAAGUAAUUGAACCCAGUGACACUUUGCCGAGAACUCCCAGCUACAGUAUUUCAAGCACAUUGAAUCCUCAGGCCCCUGAAUUUAUCCUUAGCUGCACAACUUCCAAAAAGCUCCCUGAUGACAUUGAUAAAGAAGUGAACUACAGCUCCGCCAACUGCCAGUACCCGGGCCCUGCCCUUGCCCUGGAUGGCGGCUCUCAUGCCGAGGCGGAAGCUUUAGAGAACGAUGGUGUUCCCGGUGGUCUUGGACAAAGGGAGCGUAAAAAGAAGAAAAAACGUCCCCCUGGAUAUUACAGUUACUUGAAAGACGGUGGCGAGGGUGGACCUUCAGCGGAAGCCCUGGUCAAUGGCCAUGCCGGCCCAGCAGUCCCCAACAGUGUAGGAGCUGAGGACGCAGACUUGAUGGGGGAUAUGCCCAUGGCAGGAACCCCCCGGACUUGGGGCAGCCCUCAGGAUGCCACGGACUUUGUCAGCGACGCCGGGUCUGCUGGGGCUUUCCCCGGAGCCCUGGACAGCGGGGCCAGGACUGCAGGGCAGCCCGAGGUCUGCCCCGGGGCCGACUUGGAGGCCUCCUGCCUCCCUGCCGAGGCCGGCAGGGACACCCUGUUGAGGACAGCUGUGGCUCAGCCCUCCGUGGGGACUGAUACUACUGAGAACCUUGGAGUCACUAAUGGACAGAUACUUGAAUCCUUGGGUGAGGGCACAGCUGCCAAUGGGGUGGAGUCGCACACUGUGGAGAGCUCGGACUCGGACCCCGUCAAGGCCGAGAGCGCCCCACCUCCUGCGGGUGCCCCGGCCUCCGCAGCGGGCACUGUGCCUGCCAGUCAGCCCGCCAAGUCGUGGGCCAGUCUUUUUCAUGAUUCUAAGCCCUCUUCCUCUUCCUCACCUGUGGUUUCUGUGGAAACUAAGUAUUCCCCUCCCGCCACGUCUCCCCUGGUCUCUGAAAAGCAGGCGGAAGUCAAGGAAGGGCUGGUUCCAGUUUCAGAGGAUCCUGUAGCCAUAAAGAUUGCAGAGUUACUGGAGAAUGUCACCCUGAUUCAUAAACCGGUGUCAUUGCAACCCCGCGGGCUGAUCAACAAAGGAAACUGGUGCUACAUCAAUGCUACACUGCAAGCCUUGGUGGCUUGCCCGCCGAUGUAUCACCUGAUGAAGUUCAUUCCUCUGUAUUCAAAAGUGCAAAGGCCUUGUACGUCCACACCCAUGAUAGACAGCUUUGUUCGGCUAAUGAAUGAGUUUACUAAUAUGCCAGUACCUCCAAAACCCAGACAAGCUCUUGGGGAUAAAAUCAUGAGGGAUAUCCGCCCUGGAGCUGCCUUUGAACCCACAUAUAUUUAUAGACUCCUGACAGUGAUCAAGUCGAGCCUGUCUGAAAAGGGUCGACAAGAAGAUGCUGAAGAGUACUUAGGCUUCAUUCUAAAUGGACUCCACGAGGAAAUGCUGAACCUAAAGAAACUUCUCUCACCAAAUAAUGAAAAACUUACUAUUUCCAAUGGACCCAAAAGCCACUCAGUGAAUGAAGAUGAGCAGGAAGAACCAGGAGAAGGAAGUGAGGACGAAUGGGAGCAAGUGGGCCCCCGAAACAAGACCUCAGUCACUCGCCAGGCGGACUUUGUUCAGACCCCCAUCACGGGCAUUUUUGGUGGACACAUCAGGUCUGUGGUUUACCAGCAGAGUUCAAAAGAGUCUGCCACCCUGCAGCCAUUCUUCACCCUGCAGCUGGACAUCCAGUCUGACAAGAUACGCACCGUGCAGGAUGCGCUGGAAAGCCUGGUGGCCAGAGAGUCUGUCCAGGGUUACACCACCAAAACUAAACAAGAGGUGGAGGUCAGCCGCAGAGUGACUCUGGAGAAGCUCCCCCCCGUGCUCGUGCUGCACCUCAAGCGGUUCGUGUACGAGAAGACCGGUGGCUGCCAGAAGCUCGUCAAAAGCAUCGAAUAUCCUGUGGACUUGGAAAUCAGUAAAGAACUGCUCUCUCCAGGGGUUAAAAAUAAGAACUUCAAAUGCCACAGAACCUAUAGGCUGUUUGCGGUGGUCUACCACCACGGCAGCAGCGCCACGGGCGGCCACUACACCACGGACGUCUUCCAGAUCGGGCUCAACGGCUGGCUGCGCAUCGACGACCAGACGGUCAAGGUGGUCAGCCAGCAGCAGGUGGUGAGGCCCGCCGCCGAGCGCACAGCCUACCUCCUGUACUACCGUCGUGUGGACCUGCUGUAG